CAGAGGAAUAGAUACGAUGUUAAAAACGAAAAGAAAGACUUUCUGACGACACCCUUCGACUAUUUCACCUUUCUGCCGCACAGAGCAUGAAUAAUGGUCGAGGACUGUCCACUUGUUUUGGUAGUUCGUGAACCCGAAAAGUUUUAGAAUUGGUUGCUACGGUCCUUAGUAAUUUUCUCCGCGUAGUGUUAAAAGAAUUUUCAUGAGAGGGCCCAUGUUACCUUUCCGUAAAAAAUUAGUUCGGCCGUUGAAUCUACUUUUCAAUUGGUGAUCAUGUCAGCGCAUACUGACUCUGCUACUUUCAACAGAAGGUCUUCGACACCAUCCAGACGAGCUUGGGAAGAAACAGGAGAGAAACCACCGGCAGGCGACUCACAGAACGAUCUUAACAAAAAUGUAGCGGACGGGAAUAAGUCUGUGCGUCAAGAAAGAACUGGAAGUGAAGGACAGAAGACAAUGACAAGCAUGGAGAGCAACGGAUCAACCGAAGUUCGACUUCGGUCUGUGGAAGUUGGUGUCGAGGAAAACGCGAACAUCAAAACGAGUAAAGGUGAAAUCGCUCAAAAAGAUAAUACGACGAACGGAUUUCCAGACGUGAACGUUAAAAAUGGAAAAAAAAAUGGUGCAAAAGAUCCCGAGGCUUUGAAAGGUGAUCAUGUAUGCGAGGAUUCCUGUUGUGGUGACUGGACGUUGUUUACGCGGGUUUUCAAAUCGAAGAGAUUCGAAUCGGAAAAGCUCGAGGGCCUCUAUCAACGUUAUGUGUUUCGCCUGAACCAAAAGUUUAUGAGCUGGCUUAUUGGACUGCUACUUAUCUUAACAUUCAUUCUCAUAGGUUUACAGUUCGGUAUGGAAAAUGAGAUGCCUCCAGAGACUAAUGCCGAAGGCAUUACUUUAUGUAUAUUUGCCGUUGCCUACAUCUUGCUGGCUUUAAUUGUGAAUAGAAGUGGUUCCUCACAGAGUAAUUUAAAUUGGGUAUCUUAUAUUUUACUCGCCAUAUCUUGUGGAUUUGUUCUAGCUUCAGUUGUUUGUCCUCCUUCAGAGGAUGUAGAACCAAGCCACCCUAAAAGCCUUUAUUCGCCAUCAGAUGGCGUGUGGCUAACAACUUUCUUCGUCUAUAUGACUUACACCAUGUUACCAGUUAGGAUGAGAAUCGCCGUCUUCGGUGGCUGCCUUCUUCCUGCGAUACAUCUCAUAUCAAGCGCUGCGAUGAAUAAUAAAGAUCCAAACCUUUCAAGAUUGGUAAGCAUGAUUUUUGUAUCUUUAUUGUUUACUUUCUUGUUUGUAAUUACGGGUUUCAUGAUUUGUGGAGUGCCUUGCUAUCUAGCAGCUUCCCGAACAUGUCUCAUUGCAUAAAUAAUGUAUGAGUAAUGUUUACAUUGCGAGGAAAACUUGAUGUUUGAACUUGUGGAAAUGUAUUUUUUUAAGAGCAGAUUUCUAUACCACCACGUCUUCAUAAAAUUUUGUACCAGUACGAUUUAGUUCUAAUCACAUCUUUCCCUUCUAUCACAUACCGCGGACUUGAAAAUUCUUAAACGGAUUCCAAUUCUCUCGCAUUUCUUACUUCAAGUGCAGGUGAAAUAGCCACAUAUUUUAAUUACUAUAAACAGCUGGUUAAGGUCGUAAAGAACACGCGCCUCUUUUUCCAUUGGUGCGUUCAUUGAAAUCAAGGUGUUAAUCUACUAAUAAAAGCGUUUGAUUAAAAAAAAGGAAAUAAAAUAAAAGCGACCCCAAACGUUAUAGUUUAUAGUGGUUAUAGAAGUGGUCAGGAUAGAAGGUAAUUCAAGCACUGUUAUUUUUAUUUCUUUGUGUUGUUGAGAAUUUGCCUUUGGAUUAGCCUUGCUCGCACUUAUAAAGAAACAAUAUCAAACAUUAACCUGAGACUUUAGAAUUCUUUUUGAUGUUAGGGUUUACCUGUUCACAGGGAAGGUAAAGAACAUGUCGGAGCUUUUUUUCACAGCAAGUUAUUAGUGAACCAGGCUCAUUAUCUGGAAUACUGAUUUCUUACUGUUCCAAUAUUGCUUUUUUCAUUAUUAUUGCUAUCUCAAUAAGGUGGUGAUACUAACUACUUAGUAACUUAUAGUAAAGUAAUAAUGAACACAUGAACAGCUUAAAUACACUGUAAUUUGAGCAUGAAUAAAUAGUUUUAUCACAAUUGUGUCUAAUCUGUCAGAUAAUUGCCAGCUACCCAAAACUAAGAAUGAACAGCAUUAAAAAAUAAGGACCAAGUAUUUUGAGAUUAAAGUUUGAUUAAAAGAAAGGCAAUUAUUGUUGCUUAGAAGCAAAAGUUGUCAGACUUUCUUGCCUUUAGGAGACCUGCACAAUAGAUUCGCUACUUUCUAAUUAUUGUUUUCUGGACUUCAAGGCCAGGAAAUUAAUGGCAUUGUGUUGAAAUUCCUGAAAGAUGCAAGAUUUGAAAACAAAUUUUUUUACAGAACAGUAAUUGACAAACAGACCAAUAGUUAAGAACAAUACAUGAGGGUCAAAAUAAUUCUUCAAAUGUGGCAGAGCCUCACCUGAUGUCAGCAAGUUCAGUGUUUGUUUCCACUCAUAAUUGAUAGCUUGUUUGGGAAUCAAAAUAUUGAUGAUUCCAAAGCUAAUUUUGUUGCUAUCAAGAAUUAAACAUCCAGAGUUUUCUAAAUCAAGUAUUCUUUAGCAUAUUAUCCAUUUCAUUUUGAGCUUCAGAAGGUUUAUUUACAUUUGGAACAGAAGAGAAAACAAAGGUUUUGAAAUUCAGAGCUUAAGUAGUGGGGAACCUUGCAGCAAAAUACAAUUGCACACCACAGAGGUUUAUACCGUGAUGGCUCAAUAGGAAAAACAUAGGAUGAGCAAGUCCUUUUUUAUGAUCAUGUAUAGUAUCAGAAGCAUAGGAGUGAAAUGUUACAAGGUCACAUGUCAAUAAAUUCAUACCCACAUGGGAACAGUUAAUGUUCUUUUUAUCACUUGGAGAUAUUUUUAAAUGCAUUUGAAGAGCAAAAGUGCAAUGAUCAGAUAUAAUUUAUGUUAACUCAGAUUGCAGAAGGGCUGUUUUAACAUCAGAAUAAAAUAUAUAUACAAAUGAAAAAAAAAGACUGCAGGAAAAUAGGGCAGAUUAGUGAUGUUAGAUCCUAGAAGUGAAAAGGUUGUAAAAACUUUUAAGGAAAAGUAAAACUGGUCAUCAUGAUAACAAUAUUAUCUUUGUAUAGGAAGAUUUAAAUGGUACCCUAUUACAUGAAAUUUUCUGACUUGGUACAAUUCAUGUACUGAAGUUAACUAUUUUUAUGGAUCAAAAUUCUCUUUUGCUUCUGAAAAAUGAAAAAAAAAAAAAAAACUGGCAAGAGUAAAUCAGUGAUGAGAACUUCAGGACAUUUCCUUAGACCAAUGGUGUGGUGGAUUCACAUCCUCCACAUAGGUUUUUUUGAGUGUUUGAAAAAAUUUUCAGAAACCCCCUUUAUUAUUUUUGGCUUGAACGUUACCAUCAGUGUUAACUUAUGAGUCUUAUUUCAGAGAGGUGAGGUCUCAAUGUUUCCAGGCAGUCCUAGAGCUCCAGAAAAAAAAGAUAAAACAUUCUUGGGAGUUGGAAUUUCCAAACAUAACUGCAUGUUCAUUGCUACCUUAUGUAUUUUUUAAAAAAGUUUACCUGAUUAAAAUCAGAAUCUUACUUGAAAAUCUUUUUGUUCACAGCUUGUUGGCAAUCUGUUCAUAUUUGUAUGUGCCAAUAUAACGGGGGUCUUUACGAAGUAUCCAACAGAGAUUUCACAACGCCGGGCUUUCCUAGAAACUAGGCGAUGUAUAGAGUCAAGGUUGACCAUCAUGAAAGAGAACCAGAACCAGGUACUGUUUUAUAUAAUUUAAUUUAAACUUGAAUAUUUUUUACUCUGGCAAAUGAAAAAUGUAACCUGGAAAACCUAUGUUAUGUGCCCCAUGUUAUUUGACUGGUUAUAACUGAUGUGUUUCAACCAGUACAUGUGUUAUUCCAUGUCCACAACCAGUCUCCAGAAAUAAGGGUGUUCUAGGUCAGAGGCAAAGGAUAUAAAUGUGGUGUAUUUUACGAUAUAAAAAUGGAGCUUGGUGUGAGCAUUAGUAAUGAUGUUUUUCAUCAUUUAUAUAUUUUUUUUUUACUGUAUUACUAAUUAAAGGGACUGUUGAAAAGUGGGAUCUACAACGUGAUGCUUUGCUUUAAUAGUAUUCCCUUUAACUGAGUGUGUACAUACAAAAUAAGAAUUAAAGAAAAAGGUGAUAUUAUUCAUGAAAGGAGACAGGCAUACUUUGAGAAAGAGAACUUCUAUUGCUCCCACCUAGCAGUCAAAACUACAACCUUGGAAUUAGCACUUUGGAUGCUCUGCCACUGAGCUAUAGGAGACUAGUGGCAGGCUAUAGAUAAACAAGUUUCUAUUGAGAGUUUGUUUGACAGAAAAAAUGUUUUUAAUAGAAAAGGAAAUGGGGUUACAGAAAAAAACUUAAUAAAUUUUUAAUUGCUAACACAGAAUAUUUUGAAAGCUGAAAAAAAAAAAGCGAAAAAAAUUCAAAAGUUCAUAUUAACUCUCCAAAAAGGUUAAGAGUUAAAUUCAGGUAUUUCAAGAAUUAGGCUGACUAAAGGGCCUCAUAAUAUCCCAGUAGAAACAGAAUUCAGGGGUCAAAAAACUGGAGAAAUAUGCCUCUCAGAGGCUGCCUGCUGAAAUAAAUUCUGCAAAAUUGGUGUGUUCACUGAUGUGCUCCCCUAGCUCACUAUGGAGCAAUAACAUACCAGGGUAGGUGAACAUCAGUAACAGAUGAAUUCAGAUCUAAUGUUUUAAUUUUUAAUUUAUCUUCCCUGCUAUAUUAUUAGACUCACAAACAUUCCUUUCAAUGUAGGAGCGUCUAUUGCUUUCUGUUUUACCAAGAUUUGUGGCAAUGGAAAUGAAAGCAGAUAUAGAAAGUGGGGCAUCAGAAACAAUGCAGUUCCACAAAAUUUACAUUCAAAGACAUGAAAAUGUCAGGUUUGUAAUAGUAAUGGUUCAAUACACAAGUAAGGAAAUCAACAGUGUGGAAGUAGGAAACAUCACCCUUCAUUUCUUUUACAAUCACUUAUACAUUGACUGAGACUUGGUGGGUUUUUUAGUGGUUAAGUCAAUGAAAAACUUGUCAUCCUUGAGGGAUCUCAGCAAAGAGCUUGACCAAACUGGUGUUAUGUUGCUCAAAAUAUUUCAUUUUUUGUUUCCUUUGGCUUUCCACAGCAAUUUUAUGUUCUUUGCCAUGGCUCUUUAGUGAGUAAAACAAUUUCUAUAGUACACAAUAUAGAGGCUGUGAUUAUAUGCAGACUAUCUCCCUGGCUGAGAUUAUGUGCAGACCCUCAUUUAGAGGGUAACAUGGAAUUAAUUACUACUUUUCUUGCACUUUACCAUGUUGCACAUGUAAGUCAUUCAGGCUAGAUCAUGUCAAAGUUUAAGAGUGUCAAUUCAAGGUGGGGGUUUAAACAUGUGCAGCAGUUGCCUCAAGUUUUUUGUUGUCUUUCAUUUCAGUAUAUUGUUUGCUGAUAUUGAAGGAUUCACCAUGCUUUCAUCUCAGUGCACAGCUCAGAAGUUGGUUCAAUAUCUCAAUGAAUUAUUUGCCAGCUUUGAUAUGCUUGCUGUGGUAUGAACUUUCCUUUCUUCUGAGAUCUUUUUUUAAUAUCUUAGCAAUUCUGCAAAUCAUUUCUAUUUUAGUUUUAUAUUAAGUUAUGUGAUAUUGGAUGCAGAAAUUGUUUUAACUUGAAUUCUUCCACAUUACUUACAUGAAUUAAGUUUACUGAGAAAUUAGAAAAGCUUCCAAAAACAAUCUCUGACUGACAAAACUUAAAUGUUACAAUGAGUCAAUGAUUUAAAACAUUUCAUAAGCUAUUGCAUAAAGAGGAAGUAUGCCAUUCUGACUGCCUAACACCUCAAUUAAUGGAAUAAACAUGAGGGAUAUUCAUCAAAUUUUGCUACAAUAGAUCUUUUAAUAAUUCUUUUUAGUAUUCAUCAAACGUUUCAGCCAUUCAGCCUCAAUGCUAGGUCUAAAUUUGUUUGCCUAUGCUAAUCAGUAUUAAGGCUAGUGCCCUAUUAUUUGUGAAGGAAGCCAGUCAGCAGUUUAAUCAGGUUUUUGCCCUUUCCAAGGAAAACCAUUGCCUGAGGAUCAAAAUAUUGGGAGACUGCUAUUACUGUGUGUCUGGAUUACCAGAGGCUCGCCCUGACCAUGCUCAUUGUUGUAUAGAGAUGGGCUUAGAAAUGAUUGACGCCAUUGCGUAAGUUCUUUGUUUAGUUUGGUUUCCGUCUUUUGUUGUUAAGGUGCCACUAUGAUAAAAUUUGCAUUUGUCCAAUCCAAGCUGUGUGAAACAGUAUCAAACACAAAGAGACAAAUGUUGACUAUUUUCAAAUAUCUCUUUGGCCUCAGAAUUAAUUAAGUUCUUGAAAUGUGCAAACUAGAAAAGUGCUGAUGUUAUAAACUCUGCCACACUAAGUCUUCUGGUAAAAUACAAAAGCAGAUAUUUAGGCCAGUUUGCAUGAUAAAUUUUGUUUGUAGUGGUAAGCUUGAACCAAAUGUGUUUUAUGACUCUCCCUGUUGGUUUAGGAUUCCCCAGCCAUCUGCUGGUGACACUUGAUUGUAGUAAUAUUCGCUCAUGAAGCACACUUCACUCCUGUGCAUGAUCUGAAGAGUUUAAAAAGUUGUCAAAGAUUGAAAAGGGUUUGUACAGCUCAGGAAAGAGUGUUUCUCUUUUGUAACUGGACCCUAUCACACUACAAGUGUGCUUGGUGGAGAACCAGUACUUUAAAAUUUUUAAGUCCCCCUCCCCUCUUCCAAAACAUGCCCCAUCCAGAAAUAACUGCCCAUCUAAUAGAAGCAGCCCUUCAUAAAUUGCCACAGUAAAGCCCCAUGUGAGAUAAACCUUAACAUUGAAGGAAACAUGGCCUUCAAUUGUGAGAUCACUGGACAUAAAGGUAAAAGAAUGGGGAAAGGGGAGACUUCUUCCUUUUAAAAUGGUAUUGAUUCCGAAACAAGGCCUUUCAGAUGUACAUGAGUUGGUUAAAGAGAAGCCCUCGGGUCUCAAGUGCAAAGUUAAUGGCAAAGCUUUGGUGUAAGAAUAAUAUUGCAAUAAGUACAUGAUGAUAUAUUGAAACUGUUUCUCUGGCCAUAUAGAUCCAAUGUGUAGCACCCUCUUUUGAUAGUAGUCAGCCUUGUUUCUGUGGUAGUUACAGUAAAUACCUUUAUUAAAGGGAAAUACUCAUCAAUUUCAUGUCACAGGUCAUCUUUUUCUGAAACAAUUUUGAAUUUCAAACAUCUUGGAACAAUCAGAAAGUAAUGGCUUCCAGAAGUAACAGCUGCCCAAAAGUUGGCUGAAUUAGAGAGAAACAUUGACUGUCGCUUUUUUAAUCAAAUGAUGUUUGACCAAGUCUCAAUUGUCCAGCUAGCAUAUUGUAUUGAUGUUUUUAUUAUCAUUUCUGUUGAGCAUUGCUUUUGGUUGUUUUUUAGUAUAUUAAUCAGUCUUCUGACAUCUGCAUAACACUGUCUCUGUGUGUGAUUUCUUUUGGUUAGUCGUAUCCACCACUAACUCAAUAUUCUCAUUAGAUACUAGAUUUUCAUUAGGAAAUGUUUAUAGCCUCAUCUCAGGUUAAUAUUAAGAAAGAUUAUCCUUAUAUUGUUAUUAAGAUGUUUAGUGUAGCUUGUAUACUCAGUUAUCUAAUUUGCAUGCACAAUGAUUCAAGAUCUUCAGAUACAGAUAUAUAUAAAUUUCUUUUAUUAUAUCAUUAUGUUCUUCUCAUAUUUUUAUAUUUGUCAUAAUUAUUAUAUUGCACUUAUUAUAAUUACAGUUAUUUUUAUUCAUUUUAUGUAGGAGUGUACGUGAAGCAACUGGUGUCAACUUGAAUAUGAGAGUUGGCGUUCACAUGGGAAAGGUUCACAGUGGGGUGUUGGGACUUGUCAAGUGGCAAUAUGAUGUGUGGUCAGAUGAUGUAACAACUGCAAAUCACAUGGAGUCUGGAGGACUGCCAGGGUAUUUCUCCUACUUUCUUAAUUUGUCAACCCUUUACUCCUUAUCAUCGUUAUGCAUUAAUUUUCUCUAUACUGUUCUCUAUACAUUUCCUAAGGUGCUAACAAGGAGAAUUUGUUUAAUAAUCAAGAGCUGCUUUAGUUGGUGAUCAUUUCCUUCAUUCUCAUGACCUUAAUGUGUGAUUCAGGGGUGAUAUUGUAAGGAGAAAUUAGAUGUUAGUCACUGUUGGGGUUAGGUUAAUGCUGAAUUAUAUUAUUUCCAACUGUGUAGUUGAAUGUACCAAAAUCUGAAAGGGAAUGGUGUAAGCCAGUUAUUUAACUUAACAAGAGAGUGUUGCAUAUCCACCAGAGAGUGCUUAAUUGAGGUUCACUGUCUUACUCAAUGCCCAAAUGAGGUCAUUUAACAAAAAAAAAAAUGACCAAUACUGUCUUUAUUUAGGGUAAAUUUUUUAGGUCACUGACUAUUUUAAACUGAAAAUAGUUUUUAAACUCCUUGGAGUGAUAGACAUGGAACUACUUGUUUUGAUCACAAAAGAAAUAUCCAGCAAAAGGUUUAGCUUCUUAGCUAAAUGUUGUCACGGUGAUAUAUUACCAACUUUUUUUUGUUUAAUACAGUGUACAAGAGGAAACAUUGUCAGCAGCUAUUAAUUUGGUGGCAAUGAAAUUGUAGACUGAGAAUAACACUCAUUGCCUGAGAAAAAGAAUUCUUUGAAUUAUAUCACAAAUUUGAUGGAAGCAUUUUCCAUUCUGAAAAAAAUUAUUUAUAUCAAAAAGUAUUUACCCAGAGCUCAAUGUCAAUGGUACAUCUGAAAUAUCCAUUUUUUUGCCAUUUGGGUUUUUAUUUUUAAAGUUGUUGCAUAUUUUGGGGCUGCUUAUGGUUUUGGUUUGUUUCAUCUAUUUAGUGUUGCUCCUAUUGUUAUUUCUUGCCAGACGUGUUCAUAUAACAGAUUCUGUACUGAAUUGUUUAAGUGGGGAUUAUGAGGUUGAAGAAGGGCGAGGACAGGAACGGGAUCCUUAUCUAAAGCAGUACAAUAUUGAAUCAUACCUUAUUGUAGCUGAACACCCAAGGGUAAGUCUGUCAUACACUUUGUCAGUGUAAGAUAGAAACUUUGACUACUUGCGGAAUUUUCUAAAUUGCUUCCUUUGUGUUAUGAUAAACAGAGAAGGAGAAAGAGAUUUGGAAGGGUAGUUGUAAAUGUUCUCAAGUUUAAAACACUGUCGGAAACCUAAAGCUGAUUGCUUUUCAAGCAGUUUCAUUAGCACUGCAUUAUGAAAGAGGAAGAACUUAUCUUUAAUAUUAAAUUAAAAGACCAUUGUGUUUGUAAAAUUUGACUAAAUUUACAUUUAGGAUCUUUUUCUCUCAGUAGACGCAAUGUACAUUUUAUAUUUUAGUCAUCUGCUUCAUAAUCUGUUCUUUUAUUGUAUUGUAUUAAUUAGAUAAAUUUAAUCCCAAGAAUUGAUUGCAAGGAUUGUUUUAGUAUCCCAUAGAAUACAAAUUACAUUUUAAAAAAGCGAUAACUGAGUGUUUUGCAGGCAUGCAAAAAUAAUGCUUAUCUACUACAUGCUAUGGUCUUCAAUAUGUAUGCAACAAAAAAAAAAAAGAUGCAUUUGUCUGUGUUAUUGGUCCCGUAAUGGUUGUUGAUGUUUGGGGGAAAUGCUACUGACUAGUAGAGGUACCGGUGGUUUACUGCUUUUCCAGAAUCUUUCACAGCUGCAAAGGAUAAUCAUUCAACAUUACUUAGCCAUUUACUUUGAGUCUUUAAGUCUAUAAAGUCUGUAGGGUAAUAAAUUAAGGAUAGACUUUACAGGUAUCCUUUGCCAAAAAAGUUGAAAAACUUUAUUUUUAGUUACAAAUAAUAACAAAACAUUUUUCUUUCUUCCCAUAUGACAUACUUUUUUUACCUCAAUGGAAUGCACUUUCUUGGUCUUGCACUAUGUAGAAGGUAUGCAAAUAAAAAUAUGUUACUCAGUCACAUAUAUUACACAUUUCACAUACUCAAGUUUUGCUCUUACUUGUGACAGAUACUAACAAAAAAGCAAGAUGAAAAUUGUAUGCUGUUAAAAAGAGCUAAUCUUAUGUUGUGUUCAGGAGUAAAUUGUUUCCUCUGGAUAUUGUUAAAUUAAAAGAGGUUUACUCAAGCACUGGCAAAGAAAAUUAUCAUAAACUUGAAGUGAAAACUUCAAUGUCAGAGUGAGGCUUUGUGUGAAUUUUUGGUCAGAAGUUUCACUUGUUUCAAUUUUUGUGUGUUAAUAUCCCCUUAAUCCACUUCUCCCAAAUGAUUUUAAAUUGAAGAAAUUUAAUUUUGAUCAUUACUAAGUGUAACAAGUAUUCACCUAAGAUUUGUUUUUAACACCCUCAGCGAAAAAAUACUGCCUUAAAAGAAACUAAGCAAGAUGAUCAAGACAAGAAAAUGCAGGCAAGGUAAGUUAAAUUUAGUAUCUGUUGGUUUGAGAAUAACUGAGCCUCAGAAUUUUAAUCACAAUGGUUGAGAUGAUUUUUCCCAAAACAAUUUUUGUUUCUCUAAUUCUUCUGGCAAUUUGAGGAGCCAAAAACAUUUCGUGGAAGUGCUUCUCAAAAUCCAGAUACCACAAUAUCUGAUGUAAACUUUAUUUUGUUUGACAGGCUAGGUAUUACAGCUUCAAAUCAGCAAGAUCCAGAGGAUGAAGUCAAUGAAUUUCUGGGAAGCUCUAUUGAUGCCCGCAGCAUUGACAAGUAAUUUUGUUUCAUAAUUUUGUGUAGAAAUUAUCAUAGUUUUGAACUAUUUUGAGUUAUUUGACUUUACAUGACUUUGUUUUAGGUUGCGCAAAGACUAUGUGCGGCCAGUACUUCUCACAUUUAAGGAUCCAGACAAGGAAGAGCUUGUAAGUACAGAAAAGGCAACAUUUUUUGCAUGCAGAAAGGUGUUUGUUGCAUCUUUACUCAGAAUAUGAAUUUCCCUCAGUCUUUGCCAAAACAUCUUUGUCAAAAAAAUAAUUGAAGCAACCAUUUCCUAUAAGAUUAGAAUUUGAACCCAUGUGAUAAACGAAAUAUGACUUGUUAAUUUUGGCAUGAAGGUGAUGAAGUUAAAUACAUGAUAUGACUGUACAAUAGAGACUAUUUUUGAUACCUUUCCUCAGCAGGCAUCUCUGUAUGGUUGUGUGAUUGAGACUCCCUUUGGUGAUUUUGGGAAAAAAAAAAUGAUUGAAUAGGCCAUUUCUAAGUUAUUGCAGUCUAGUAUGAAAUUACAGUGUGAUGACCAGGCUAUGUGCAAAGUUGCUUUCAUUAGUACAAAGAAUAAUGAGCUGUGGUGAUGAAAAUGAUACUCAUAUUCAGUGUAGGAGAGUAAAAUAUUAUUUUUCAGAGUUUUUGUUUGACCUCCUUGUGCAACCUAGCUUCAAUUGCUUUUAUGUCAUCAUUUAACAAUUUUUUUCCUUUGAUUGGUAAAUUACAAAUUUUAAUUCUGCAAAUUACAGAUUUCUGGCUCAUUUUGUAAACAUAUUUCAAUUUUUUUUCUUUUUUUUUUCUUUACACAAAUUACAGUAAGCACUCACUAGAAAUCAGCAAGAAAAAAUAUACAUUCAAGCAUUCAAAAUUCUAGGUACUGGAAAUUUGCUGUGACUUGUGUGUAAUUUCCCCAACAGCUUUUUGCAGCCUUGGACAGAAGAGGCUAGUUGGAUCUGUUUUUUCGCUGCAGCAUUCUUCCAUAAAACAAACAGUGUGAUCAAACAAAUCAAACUGCAAUUUUAUUUCCUUUAAUUGCUGCUAUCACCUAAGUGUAUACUUCUCUCCCACAUCACUCUUGCAUUGAAUUUCAAGAAAUUUUCACUCAUUUUCACCACCACUGUGACAGCUCUUUAUUCUUUACACAGAUGAGAAAAACUUCACACUUAGCCUAGUUCUAUAAUGUUGGUACCAGAUCACUGAACUGCAGAAACUCAGAAUCAGCCCAUUACUGUAUUUAUCUGCAGAGAGGCUGCACCCCAAAUGCUUAAUUCAUAUUUGUGGAAAUAGUUAGUGAAUUGGAAUUAGAGAUCAAUUAGCUUUUGCAAUAAUUUUCAUUAAGAAAAAAAAGUUUAAGAAUAUAAAAGCUGGCCUAGAAGAAAGUGUAUGACCAAAGUCAAGCUGAAAACAGAUGCAUAGUUAAGGUCAAACUACAUAACAAAAUUGGAAUCUCAUCAAUUCUCAGAAAUUUUUCCUGUGCCACUCUCUGUAACAAACAAAGACAUUUUUUCUUGUUAUGAUUGCCACCUUCAAACAUUCUUUGAGUCUACUUGAUACUGGCAUGUUGCCUCUCUGGGAUCCUUUCUUGUAGAGUAAGUAAUAAGGGUAAGUCUAAGGCAUGCUGUUUAUGAUAUGCUGGAAGAUGCUUUUGGUUCAAUGAUUUCACAGAAAUGCUUUCCAAUUUUACUAGCACAUAAUGAAAAUUGAUACCAUAUAACAUAGGAGAAAAACUUGUGUCUGUCAGGUUGCAAUGAUGUGAAUCAAAUUGGAAGAAAUCGUAGUUUAUAUAUAAGUAUGGUUUGGCUUAUGAGAGAAAUGAAUGGAGCUUUGUAUUUAUUUGAAGUGGACAGCAAUAUAGGAGGGUAUCACAUUCAUGUUGGCAGCUAAAAACUUUGAAUUGGUUAUUUCUUGUCAAGUAGUCCAGAAGUGUGACAAGUUUAAUAAGAAUAACUUGGCAGGGAUGGAAAGGAAAGUGUCAAGCAUUCACCAUUGGCAUUCUGUAGAAUUGUGCCUUAUUUUAUUGAGAGCAGUGCUGAAAUUUACUGUCAACUGAGUGGGAAAAAGAAGCACUCUGUUGGCCCACAAGUAGGAAUGGCCAUUCUUUGAAAGCUGCACUGAACUUCCCUUGGUGGUCUUCCUUACACAAGAAUAGUUAACAAAAAGCUUGAUGCCCUUAUUUCGGCAGAAAGGACCAAGAUUAUUUGUAGAUGUGAAUGUAGUAUUUUGUUGUGUUUGCUGUGAUGAUCACUGAGUUGAUGCAAAAGCAAUAUUUGUUAAUGUAAAACUCUGAGCUAUCAUGCAUAUUAAUGAGGUGUAACUUUUGUCCCAUUUGUUGAAAAACAAAAAACAAAAAAACCUGUGGCCUAUCCACUGGUAAAUACAGUGCAUCUUUCAAAGGUGAACCUUUUGUUCAUAUGACUAUGCUUGCAACAUAAACAGUGCAUGUUAAUGUUAGCAAGGAAACAAAAAUGGUAUUUGUAACACUGAUUGAGUGGAUUCAAAAAGUAUCUACAAUAGUAGUUGCAAAUAUUAAAAAUGUUCCAUUUAGUGUAAAAUACUAAUAUUGAAUACUAAUAGUAAAAUUAGUUUCAAGGUGCCAUGCAAAUCUCAGUGCAAAAGUACAUUCCCUCUGUUACUGUUAAUUACAAGCAGUGGAAAGUGCUUUCAUUUUGAACAAGUCAGUGAAACUAACUAAACUCAUAAGCCAAAAUAAAUGAUUAAACUAGGCAGGUUGAUCUUGUUUCAGUUACUCUUUUUCUCCUGAUAGUUUUAAAUUGUUAUUUUCUGUUAUUGCAGUAUUCUCAAGAAAAGGAUAGAAUGUUCAAGUCUUACACUGCAUGCAUUCUUCUCCUCUUUGUCCUCAUAGUUAUGGUUCAGAUUACAACCCUUCCAAGGUAUGUAUUCAAAUAAAUUAAACUGAUAAAGUACAUAUAGGUUACAUACAUGUAAUGUUACCACACAUCUUUAAAACUUGUGAAGGAAACACGAACUUACGAUUUACACUGCAUUUUUUUGGAAGCUAAGUCGUCUAAUUUUAGGGAGCCUAUUAGAUUAAAGCUCUCUUCCAUUGCCAUUUUUUCACUAUGCAGUAUGACCUCCUUCCUUGUCACUUUUUGAGAGUAGGUAGUAAAUGUCACUUAUUACAAUUACAUUUAUACCUGGAAACUGCAUUUCUGGGUAAUACUUUGAGCUCUCUGAAAAAGUUUACCCACAUGAGGUCCAUUCUGUACAAAGAUGUUGGCAUGUGUGAAUUGAUACAAGAUUUUUUUGUUUUGUUUGUUUGUUUGUUUGUUUGUUUUUUCUCACAGCCCUCACCCUUUUAUUAAGUGUUUUAACUCUUUCACCCCCAGGAGUGACCAUUUCUCCUUACAAUAUAUAUUAACCCCAAAUCACACAUUCAGGUCAUGAGAAUAAAGGACAUUGUCACCAACAAGAGAAGCUCUUAGGAGUUGUAUAGGGAACUGUAUGGAGAAUAUGCAUACUGAUGUUAGGCUGGAAAGGGUUUAAGCAUGAAUUAUGGAUUAAAAUAAGAGACAGUAAGUCUAUAGGAUCUUUGAAGCUAACAGAGAAUGUCUUUUAUUAGUCCUUAAAUGGGGUAAAUGAAAGAGCUUUGGACCUCUGGUUUGCCUGUAAAACAAAAUAUUUCAGAAAUUAUCACAAAAAGGACUUGGUCUAUGAACAUAAAUUUGCCUAUUUGUAGUCUUUGGAUAAUCUCAACAUAUAUCGUUGUUGGUUGUUUUUAGUUAAUAAUUGGGUAGGUAUAAUUCUAAUUAAAAAUUUUUUUUCCUAUCCUUAGAACAUAUGUAACUAUGGCUGUUUUCAUAAGCACAUUUCUUGUUGUUGGUGCCCUUUUCCUAUUGGUUGUAGCUGAGAAGUGCCAGGUAUGUUUAAUUAAAUUUUAGUCUACAAUGUUUUCAUUAAAAUAUCUCAUUUCUGGUCCUUGUUUGUAGACAUCUUUCCCUUUAAUUUACCAGAAUAUACCAAGUGGUUUGAGGAGCAUUUCAGCCAAACUUGCACAGUCUCAAACCAGUUGCAGAGUAGUAGCAACUGUAUUGGUUCUGACUUUGUAUAUUGCUGCCAUUGGAAAUUUUGUAAGUACUUGAACCCAUAUUUAUAGUUCAAUGUUAUUCCCAAUUAAAUCUUUACAAAGCAGUUUUAUGUACUUAUGUGAAGUACUUCAUAUGAUGAUGAUAAUCCGACUAUGCGUUGUCGCUCAAGUGCAAUUUUCUUUACCUAAUGCCUUACACAACCGACCGCCCAUUAUAAUGUCAUUUGUAGUGAACUUUGAAUUUUUGCAGUUUGUUUUUCUUUGAUUGAGGGGCUCUUUGUUGGCAAUACUAAGAGCUAAUAUUUAUUAUAAAAUUGGUGUGGUUAGAUAGACACCUAACUUCUUAACUUUGAAGACUUAACAGAAGUGGUAAUUUUUGUGUGGUUUCAUCACAGUUACAGAUAAGAUAAAAUGAAUUGUUAUGUCUGUGAUGUUCUUCUUCAGUUUGGCUGUGACUUAGGGAGAGAACUGAUGGAAGGAAAAUCUAGAUGCAAUGAAUCUCAUUUGUCUUAUGUUGGGCUUCAUCCUGAUACAGAAUUCUGUGACUACCCACAGGUAAGAGGGGCAAAAUAGCUUACGUCACCAAAGAUGAUGUCUCAAAUAAGUUAUUAACCUCUGAAAUUCAUAAAGAACAUUAAAUAGCGCUUGAUAUAUUGUGUUCAUAGUACUAUUAAGAUGGCUGAUAGCUGAUUGUUAAUAAAAGUGAAACUUGAUAAUGAAGUUGAGAGAAAGUUGUCUUUUAACUUGAAAUAACCUCAGAGUGGUUGAAACUUUUUCAACUUUGUUAAAUUGUCUUUUGGAGAAACUUCUUAAAUGAAGAUUUUACUGGUGAAUAUUUAAAAAUAUAAUUUUGAUACAUUCAUAAUACCUUAGGAAUGAAUAUGAUUUGUUAAAUUAAUUAUGUGUUCACUUUAACUACUAUUUGUUGUUUUUCUUUUUUCAGUACUUCACAUUCAGUGUGAUGUUAGUGAUGAUAGGCUGUGCAGUCUUCCUGCAGCUUAGUACAGUGCACAAGUUUUCAAUGUUGGCAGCCAUGUCAACUAUCUUUAUAGUCUUGAUAAGAGUUGUCUUUACAGAUCUUUUCAACAAUCAUGAUAAGAUCCAUUAUUGUUGGUGAGUACCAGUAUAGCAGGAAGUUCUAUUGUUUGAAUUCAUGUUGAUCGCAGCAUUUGAGGGACACCAUGUUAAGCCACACAUGUGCACUUACUUACCCUAUUAACUUUGAGAAAAACAGCAACCAUGUUUUCGCUUUGAGAAUACAGUGAUGGAGCAAAAAAUUACUGGUAAUGGAGAAAAACUCAGCAAGCCAAUGAGUCACACGAAGUAGUUCACUCAAAUUGGUUUAUAAUGUAAAUUAUGUUGUUUCUUAACCAAGUACUUAAGGCCCAGCCACUUGAAUGGUCAACAUGUAAAGUCAUGAUGUGCCCUGUCCAAGCAUACUUGGAGCUUGCAUAAUGAGGAGUUUUGUACACAUCUGGACACCGUCUUAAUUUCACCUACUUUAAUUUCAUUGGUGUUUUCACAAAAAUCAGAAAAUGCUCUCCAAGUGCCAAAUUAGCCCAUUUGUGCAGUUAAAUAGUGAAGACUAGUAGCCCCUCAAAACUUUUUACUGAUUAAUAGGAAUAGCCAACUAAGUUGUUUUUAGAAAAUGAAAUUAUGGUUGCUUGUGAGUAUGUCUCAAACAGUGAUUUGAGAUAAUGGUCAUUUGCAUGUUUGCACCCACAUUCCUGGCAAAUUGCAAUGAAUUUGUUGCACUUAUGCAGAAAUUGUUGGUCACUUCAAAACAGUGAUUUAAGGUAUAGUGUAAUAAAUUUGUUGCACAUAUGCAGAAAUAGCUUGUCACUUCAAAGCAUUUAGGUUAAAGCAGAAAAAAAUUACCAAUUACUUUAUGACCAAAACUUAAUUCAAACUCAUUCAAGACCAUAGGGCUUUUUCAAUCAAAGCACAUGCUAAUUUCUUACAUGUAUAAAUCCAACGAAAUUAGUCAUACGUGACCCCCUCAUUUUACUACCAGAAAAUCAUGGAGCUUUUGCUCAAAGAGUUUUGAAAGUUCUUUUAAUUCAGAGAAAAUUGUAAAUUGAACUGUGGUUGAAAGCAGUGAAAAAGUAAAUGGUUCCAAUUAUUUGAAUAUUUAAGAAAAAAUUCUGUAAUGGACAGGGUAGCCAAAUUUCCACAACUUCACUCUCAAAAUAUUCAUACUAUUGAUGGGAUAUGUUUUUCCUCAGUUUUUCAUUUAAAAGUGAUAGAUAAUGGUCAGUUGGGCAUAUGGUUGGUAUACUGUAGCAUUCUCCAAAUUUCAGAUAGUAUCUUGAGAACAGUAGGUUCAUUGUUAAAUUCACAUCUGCUGUGAGAAUGGAAAAGUUAACAACAGGCAGGAUAGCCAAUCAAAUUUUGCCAUAUUUAAGACUUAUUCACGUUGGUAUCUCUGUGGUAUCAUCACAUGAAACUAUGACAUAAGUAAGGACACCAUACAACUUGAGUUCAUCUCACCUUGCUCCUGGUAAGAGUUUUUCUCCACCACUGUUCUGUUUUUCAUGUUGUAUGUUACUGAAAAGUCCCAAAUAUGAUUUGGCAUUAAAUCUUUAAUUUUAGGUUGUUACCCGAAGAACCAAUAUCCACUGGUGGAUAUAUCAAGUGGAUUGAUCUUUCCAUAGUAAUUGUUGUGAUGUUGACAAUAGCUUUAACUGCACAUGGAUACUUGGUAAGGAAACAAUGAGUUGCAUUUCUUUACUUUUUUUUCUUCCUUUUUUUCAUGCCCCCUAUAUUUUUUUUUUUUCUCUAAACCAACAGCAUGAGGAAAUAUCUAGACUGGACUUCUUGUGGAAACUUCAGGUGAAUUACAGGUUUUAUGGUAUUCAUGAUAAUUAUGAACCUAAUGACUAAAGUCAUUUAAAAAUUAGCAUCAUAUUGACACACUCUACAGGCAACCUUUAGAAUGAUUCAUAUCAAUUUUUUUUUUUUGUGUUGUUCAAAGUAUAUAUUUUGUAUUAUCCAGGCUACAGAGGAAAGGGAAGAAAUGGAAAAACUCAGAGAGUACAAUAAGAAAUUGCUGUAUAAUAUCCUGCCUGACCAUGUUGCUCAGCAUUUCCUUGCACAACAAGCUAAAAAAAAUGAUGUAAGUUUUUUUUUCAAUCAUAUUAUCAGGAAUACAAAAUAUAAGAUUUACUUUAAUGUUGUAUGACUAUGGACAAUGAAUAAUCAACUUUUUUGAGUUGUUUUUUAUGUUCUCUGUAACUUGGGUUAUUUGUAAUAUAAGGAAUGAGGUUCAGGUUUUUUCAUUAUCUUCUUAUGCCAAGGACAGGACUCCAAGCCCAAUUAUUGAAAAAGUUACCUUUCAACUUCAGUUGUAGAAAGGUUGCCAUAGAGAAUUUUGCUCACCUUUCCUCUCCCCCCUCUAAAAAAAACAAAAUAAAAACAAAACAAUGGAGUGAGGUGAGAGGAAUGAGAGACCCUCCAGGCAUUACAAACUACUAAUUUGUACCUUAUCUGAUUGAAACCAAUUUCCUGUGCACUGUACCUUAUGUGUUCUUUGUACCAGCCACCAGUUAUACCAGUUUGUACCCUAAAGCAUCUAAGAAGUUUUAAGCUGUACUUCUGUUCUUAAAUUAAUUGAUAUUAUGUUUCUGCUUGAUUUCAGGAACUUUAUUACCAGUCUUGUGAUAAGGUCAUUGUCAUGUUUUCUAGUAUCUGUAAUUUUUCUGACUUCUACACUGAGCUAGAUGCUAAUGGUGAAGGAGUUGAGUGUUUACGUCUCCUUAAUGAGAUACUGGUGGAUUUUGAUGAGGUGAGUGUUUGAUCUCAAUAAAUUUGCAGAUGUGCUGAAUUACCAGCUCCUGGUAUCAAAGGUCUAUCUUUGUUACUCUUAGUAAAUUCUUAUGCUGGCAAACAUGACCUACAUUUGUUGUUACUAAUUUGACACCUGCCAGAUGUCAUGGGCUCUAUAAGCUGACCAUUCCUUAGCUGUAGAAUUUAGAGUGUUCAUAUGCCGAAUUAUUACCUUAAAAAAUCAAUUCAAUAUAUACUGAAACUUCAAAAAUUGAUAGAAAGUUAUCUGUUUGGUUUAUUUCAGCUUCUUUCAGAGCAACGCUUCCAGUGUAUAGAGAAGAUUAAAACAAUUGGUGAAACAUACAUGGCUGCUGCUGGAAUUAAACCUGAAUCUCAGGUUAGUAUUGGGAAUAAGAAGAACAUAAAUAGGUACAGCUGUACCCUUAAUCUGUCAGAAAUUUGUCUGUUAAUUUUAUCUGAACUUCCCUAGUUGUAAGAUUUUUAGUGCACAGGAAAGUUAUACUUAGAGAGUCCUGUUUUAACAAAGUUUUCAGGGGCCAAUAACAUACUGUGACUUUAACUUCCUUUUGAAAAGCAAAAAAAAAAUUUGCUUAAGAUCGCCAUAUAAGUAAAUUCAGUUGAUGUUCAUUGAAUUAAUGAAGCAAAUGAAAGUAACUUUGACUUAUUAAAACAAAUUUAUGUUUUGAUAUUUAUCCCUCUGUGUUUGUAGAAAGGUAGAAAGAUUUCUGCAGUUACAGCCUAAUAUUUAGACCACCCAAAGUGUAAACAGAUUCAAUGCAAAACUCAUUUGGUGAAUUUGGGAAAAUUGAACUGAUGAACUGUGAAGUGUUUAAAAUUGAUUUGUUCUUGUGAUGCAUAUUUAAGUGUUUGGGAUUGCAGAAUUUCAGAUGCUUUGUAGUUGCACUGAUUUAUAAAUUUUAUCCAAAAUUCAUGACUAGUUCUUUUCUAGGGAAUGUUCGCAUACAUCAUUCCAACUGAACACAACUCCUAAUAUUUAAGGAUCCAUUAAAAUGUCUUGAUUGAUAUACGGUUUCCAGGCAGGUGGGGACUACAAUAAGCUACAAAAGUAGUUGAAUUAAAGAUUUCAAAACACUAGAAUGAUGAAAGAAGAAAACAUUAAUUUUUCUCUCUUUACCCAAAAUAUUCUACUUGUUCUUCCUCUCCACUUUAAGAUAAAGUAUUAGUCUAAACAUUAAAAGACACAAAACUGUGUUGGUAGUAGGGAUGAAAUGAAGCUAGAUCAUCUGAGCAUAAGAAUACUGCAUUUCACUGAAAUAAUUGGUUGUGAGAAACAGAUAAGAAGAAAGUAUUUGUCACUAAGUUGAUUAUGUUGGAAGCACAUUAAAUCAAAUGCAAUAAAUUAUUGAUGUUGAUGUUAUUUCUAAUCACAUGAUUUUGAGUGCAAUUUGGAAUAAAUAAGCAUGAGUAAAUUGUUUAAAAGACUAACAAAAUUGUGCGAGCCUGAAGGGCGAGUGCAAUUUGUGAAAAAAUUAACAAGUGCUUAUUUAUUCCAGAUAGCACAAGAAAAAUCAUGUGAUUAUGUGUUAAUAAUAGACAUGAAAAAAAUAUGAGAUAGCUUAUCAUAAUUAAGCAUAAGCAAAGUGCACACAUCAAGUGAAAAAAUAAUUUAUUCAAACCAUGCUUUCAGUCAAAACAACCACGUACGAUCAAAACAAUAAUAUGCAAUGAUAUCUUCACAUCUUUAAGGUGCAAAAAAGUUCAAAGUCCAGCUAAACAGUUCAAAGAAUUGUUCAGUCUGUGUCCAAAUCACUUUCGAUGAAAUGGAAUCGUUGUUUCUGAGGUUUAACCAUGUUUAUUUUUAAUUUUGGUGUUGGAUCGCUCAAGCAAAGUGUUAAGCUGGGUUGGUUCAUAAUUUUCUAUUUCCUUGGCAAUUCCCUCCUCUAAACACCACUUUUUCCAAACGACAACCAAAAACCAGUGCUUUUUACAGUGUUUUUGUUGUUUGAGCUAUCUUUCAGCUGCAGUAGCGAAAGGAAACCUACCUAAAACACUGGCCAUUUUUUUGUGCGCAAAUUUUCAAAUUUUGUUGCAACAUCCGAGGCUCACAUUUGAUUGGCUGUCUGUGAGUUUCUUUGAUUAGUGACCAAUCAGAAUGUCUGAUUUGUUACUUUCUUUGCACUGAAUUACCUGAAACUGUUUUUAUCUUAACCAAUCAGAACUGAGUAAUUAUUUCAUGUAUAUAAUUAGCAAAGAAAUAUCGAGACAUUUUUCUGUUUGUUCUUACAGGAGAAAUUGGCAACCCUAAGUCACAUAGUAACAAUGGCUGACUUUGCCAUGGCAAUGAAAAAGAAACUAGCUGACAUAAAUUUACAUUCUUUCAAUGACUUCAAGAUGAAAAUUGGUAAGUUUAAAGUUGCCAUACUCACUGUCAAUUUUAAAAGAUUCUCCUCUGAGAUGUUAAAUGGAGAUUAAUUUUAUUCUGUUUUAAACCCCUCCCCUCUUAUUGUAUUGGUGAUUAAUAUGUGGUAGUUGUCAUUUCCAGUUGCAUGUUCAGAUCUCUUGCUUGAUUGAUUUUUUUUUUUUUAAGCCAACUGUUAAGUUCACAGGUAUACAGUAGACUCAAAGUUUCAAAAUACCAAGUCUUAAUAUGCAAAUUACAUAACUGUAGUAGUUAUUACUAACAUUCAUUGCUGACACCACUUAUGGAAUUAUUAUAUGAUAUGAUAUGGGUAGGACAGAAAUUUAAAUCCUGCUGCUGUUGAAAUUGUCCAAUUAGAGAUCUACAUUCCUGAAAGCGGUCACAAAAUACAUGCAGUGGAAUUGUUUUCCUGACAGCUAGAUUGAUGAUAAUAUCUUCCAUAGAAGCUGACUGUUUACUUUGUGCCUGUUAGAAUACUUAUUGCAGUUAUCCCCUUUGUAAUAAGUAUAGCUGACUUCAGCUGAAGUCACAUACUAAAAGGUUCUAAGAUGAAAAUAUAAGAGCAGUUCUUACAGAUUCAACCAUUCCUAUAGUGGAUCCUCUUAUCUUUUUUUCUAAUAUCACUACCAUUCCUACAGUUUCUGCUACCCCCACUUUUGCUGUAACUUUUACAGUCACAAUUUACUAAAUUGAAAUGGACAAACCUUCAGAUAAAUGUAUACCAUAUGAACUUUUGUUUCUAUUUUCUUGCUCUUCAAGGUUUAAAUUUUGGUCCUGUUGUGGCUGGAGUGAUUGGUGCCCAUAAGCCCCAGUAUGACAUCUGGGGUGAUACAGUGAAUGUGGCUAGCCGUAUGUACAGCACUGGCAAGCCUAAGCAUAUACAGGUCUGCUACAUGUACAUUAUUUCAUUAUUGUGUCUAAUUGGUUCUGCUAAAAUCACAAUACUUUGAUCUAAGUAAGUAAUUUUUGCAUGCCAUGGAAAUAUGCAAUACAAAUUCAUAAAUUAUAAUUGGUUAUUAUAUAUUCAAAAGUUUACAUCAUCAGUAGGGUUUUAUAAUUUCAGCGUCUUGUUAAGAACAAAUAGUCUUUGUUUUUGAUGUUAUGUAAAGAUGCUACAACACCACACAAUGUUGUUAUGGUAUAUAGUCAAAGGUAAAAUGACUCAUAUUUAGCAGUAGCGCAAACUUGAUCAGGCAUUUCACUUUUGGGUGAAUGCGAUGUUUCCUCAUUGAGGAGUGCUUGUAAGGUGUAAAGCACUUUUUCCACUGUUAAAUGAACAUGAUUAGAAAAGUCUUUAGUGCCCCGACCCCUAUAUUCAGUUGAAUUGACUUAUUUUGAUUGUUACAGGUUACACAAAGUGUUUAUAAUAUUCUCUCUACACGUGGUUACACCUUUGAAUGUCGGGGCUUAGUGGCAGUUAAAGGAAAAGGCAAAAUGGUCACAUACUGGAUGACUGGCAAAGAAGGAGACCAAUCAAAUGAGUGAUCUCACUAACAAUUAAUUACCCACCAAUCGAUUUGUUGUAAAGUAAUAUUUAUCAUCAAAGUUAUUUGUAUGAUUAACCUUACAAAGUAUCUUUUUGUAACAUACUUAUCCAGAGUCAGUCACUGCUUUUUGUCAUAUUUAAAGUGUAUUAGAUUCAAACUUCAACUUGUUUUUCAUUCAGAUUAUUUAAGUUAUUUUAGUCACUAAUAACAUAGGAACAGCAUGUCCCUUUUGGGUAGCUGAAAGCAUCUCCUUGACCUUCUUUUUCUUGGAAACCCUUUAAACUCAAAGAAUUUGGAAGAGUACUGGAGGACUUUACAAACAUGUUUUUCAUCGGUUUAGUCGUAUGAAAAUGUGUGUGGUCUCAGAAAUGUUAUCAGAAAGUAACAGCUUUCGUCAGUUUUGGGUAAAUAUCUGCCCGUUUCAAUUUCACUUAGGACGUGGGUAAUUUUGAGAAUAAGGGUUGUGUGUUUUUUUAAAUGUAAUGGUGAAAUUUAUCAUGUACAUGCAGUUCAAGAUGUUCAACAACACUUAACACAAUAUAGACCCCUCUGCCUGUUUGUCUUCAUUAUUCUCUUCACUUUUUUUUUACCCUGUGUCGUACGAUUUAUAGUACACUUCCCUGGCAGAUAAUGAUGUUGACCUCUUUAUUUUGAUGCUUGUGUACAUCAUCAAUAUUACAUCAGAGUGCUGAAAAUAGACAGGUGGUCACUAUAAAAGACUCAUGCACUGUGGCAACAACAUUGUCACCAUCUAAUUGUUUGUUGUUCUGAUACAAAAUUGUGAAAAGUCAAGAGGAAAAGCAAGUUAGUAACUGCUAAAUUAACCUCAUUUUCAGGAGAGAAAGUAUUCUCAGGUUUCUUGCUGGUUGUCUCGGGUACUUUUUACAAGAACACUUGUAUUGCUUUGUGUAAAGAAAAGAACUUAAUUUAUUUUGAAUUAUAUCACUUAAUUAUUGAGAGUAGAGAGCUUGCUGAAAUUUUGGGUGAUUUCAGAUGGCAUAGAUGUCAUGCAGGAAUCUGAUACACAAAUUCCUCAAAAGAAAGUUAAUAUAUAUAGUUAAAUUAUUAGUAUCUGAUUCUUAUGAGAUUUAAUUAGGUAACUGAGAAAAAAAAACAAGCCACGAAUUUUCGACUUUCCUCCAAUAUAUUUCUUAGCAUGUGUUAGGUGGGACGUUCAUUUAACAAUAGCAUGCUGUGUACAUUGCACAUAUGGAAAAUGUCAUGCAAAUCGCUGAGUCGUCGCGAUUUUGCUUCAACCUAUUAGACACAUGGAAAGUCAGCGCCGCACUAGUAAGAGUAAUUUGUUUUGAUGGCCGGCUGUUGUUUCCUUGUAACUAGCCAACGGGACGUUUCCUUUGGUUGGUUGGUUGGUUCGGUUGUUUCAUUAAAGCCACGCAAAAUGCUAAAUCAAAGUACUUGUAUCUAACUAGUUUCGGGUGUAAUUUUAGCCUUAACAAAGUAGAGCAAGUGUGGUUGUCAACAUUCCAUAUCCUUGGACACGACAGCUAUUAGUGCAUUUUGAAAAUCUGCUGCAAAUGUGUAGCAUGUUGAAAGAGACGAGGUGUUUGUAGGUUAGGUGGUUGUGUUAAAUACAUCAAGUACAAAUAUAAGCGUAAUUUUUAAUAUUUUAGAUGAUUAAAAGAUAUUAGUAGACUUGGCUGGUGGUUGGGAAUUUUUAACUAAGUGAUUUUAAUAGAAAUUAAAUGAGCUUAAGAAAGUGACCAUCGCACUACGUAUAUGUAGAAAUUCAAUGGCUUUGAUCUAAUAUAUUGACAAGCAACAUUCCCCUUUGUAAAUAUGUCGUGAAAUAAAGUGUUUUUUCGGUCUC